CUGCAUAUCAGAUUUAGGAUCGCUACCAAUGCCUCAGAAGGAUAAAAAUGUGAAACUCUUGGAAGAGGAGAAUGCGCAUCUAGCUCAAGCAGUAGCUGAUUUAAAAAAUCAAGUUGGCACUGCACAUGCUUCUCCCACUGUUUCUCCUGAUUCUAACACCGCAACAAGGAAACUUCAAGAUGAAAUCAAUACUCUUACAAAAAGAAACUGCGAGUUGGAAUCACAAUUACGUUCAAUGGAAGUUACUCCCAGAGAACUAAGGGGCGUAGACAAUGGCGAUUCUACAAAAAUUCGUGAACUGGAGAAAUUAGUACGAUCAUUACGCCUCGAAAAAGAAGAAGCUAUAAAGGACAAAUUAGACGCCCAAGAAAAAUUCAAGUUGCAAGAUAAAGAAUUGAAAGAUGCUUUAACCCAACGAAAGCUAGCUAUGGCUGAGUAUACUGAGGUGACGGAUAAGUUAUCAGAAUUGAGACAGCAGAAGCAAAAACUAUCCAGGCAAGUUAGGGAUAAAGAGGAGGAAUUAGAAGUAGUUAUGCAAAAAGUUGAUAGUUUGAGGCACGAUAUAAGAAAAGCCGAAAAACUUCGGAGAGAAUUAGAGAAUAGAGUGGAAGAAGCUAUGGCAGAAACUAGCAAAGAAAGAAAGUUGCGUGAAAGGAGCGAAGAAUAUUGUAAGCAAAUGCAAGAAGAAACAGAAAAAAUACGGCAGCGUUCUAUGGGUAACGACACUAGUGCGAAUCAUGCUCUUGCAACUCAAGAAAUCAAUAGACUCAAGGCUGAAGUCGAAAAGCUUGAAGUCCAAUACAAUGAAAAUUUGAAUCAACAGCAGAGUAGAUUCAAUCUCGAAAUGCGAAGUCUUCAGGAACAACUACACGAGGGUGAUAGUAGAAGGGAAUUAUUGGAAAGAGAAGUACAGGUAACGAAGGAAAAAUUAGAUGCUGCAAGAUUAGAAAACAUAACUGACAGCGAAGAAACAAUAAAUGAAUUGAAUAGGCGCCAUGAAAGAGAGAAAAUCAUGCUCGUUGAGGAAAACAAGAAAUUAGUGCUGGAACUGAACUCUGUCACAGACAGUGUGGGUAGAAUCCAAGGUGAGAGGAGACAACUGGAAGACGAGUAUGAAGAACUGAGGAAUAAAAAGGAAGCUAUAGCCCAGUGGGAAGCUCAGAUUACGGAAAUAAUUCAAUGGGUUUCCGACGAAAAGGAUGCCAGGGGAUAUUUACAGGCAUUAGCUACGAAGAUGACAGAGGAAUUGGAAUUCCUUAAACACUCGGGAGGUGUUGGAGGGGUGGGAAGCGGUUCAACCAUGACAGACAAAAACUGGCGCAAUCGUAGAUCUCAGAAGUUGGAUAAAAUGGAACUUUUGAAUCUGCAGAGUUCUCUGCAAAGCGAAAUUCAAGCAAAGCAGGCAAUAUCGGAGGAACUCACUAAGACUCGUUCUGAAUUGAUUGCUGCACAAAAAGAGCUGAGAGACUUCAAACAACGUUUAGAUACAAUGUCACACGAGAUAAAACGGAAGGAAAUGCAAAUAAAAGAUUUGCAAGGACGACUUGAUACUGGUGACGGCUGUAAGUACAAACUAAUUAAUUUUACUUUCUCUAGCAAUACAUCAAAAAUAUGUAAAUCAUAUUCGUUCGGAAAUCCAAUGUCCGUAAUAGUGAUAUAUGCAGUAGCAAUUCACGCUACUUAUGUUGUAAGCAAAUAUUUGAGACUCAUUAGCAGGUUAUUUGUAAAAUAAUUCGACGCAUCGUAGUAACUAAACCUUUCUUGUUCGUUUUCUUCAUACAAAAAACUUUAUUACGAUUUAAUAUCGACUGUAUCAAGUAUCAAUAAGAUAAUUGAUGUUUUUAUCAAGGAGUUUAUGACAAUAGUGUAACUUUGAUGUAUUUUACUUAUUUAUCUAUUACAUAAAUGU